UUCCUCCUGAGUCAGGCAGAGGAGAGAAAGCCGGCAGAGCAGCAGAGAAAGGAUCUCUUUGCGGAAAUGGGCCUAGAUUCCUGUGAGGCAGAGAAGACUCCGUUGGACGCCAGAGGGAGGCCACUGGGUGACAGACGGAUGCCCCCCAGACCUCCUCAUCCAUCUUUUCAUGAGAACGGAGGAGAAGCAGCAGCUGUGGAAACAGAUCUGGGUCCUCUGUGCUUUGAAGAUGUCGCUGUGUAUUUCACAGAGGAGGAGUGGGCGUUUCUGGAUCCUGACCAGAGAGCUCUGCAUAAGGAAGUCAUGGAGGAGAAUCGUGCGACUGUGGACUCUCUCAGUGGUGAUGGAUUGGAAAUUAUGAACAAGGGGAACCGUGACAACAUUCACACAGUGGGGAAGUUGUAUAAAUAUUUGGAGUGUGGAGAGAGUUAUAGUCUGAGCUCCCAUUCUACUUCCCAUAAAAUAUAUCCUAUUGGGAAAAAUCGUUAUCGGUACUUGAAAGAUGGUAAGACGUUUCGUCAGAAGACAUUUCUCACUUUCCCUAAAAGAACUCACAGCAGGGAGAAACCCCAUCAGUGUUUGGAAUGUGGGAAGAGGUUCAGUCACAGGGCUGUGCUCAAAGCCCAUCAAAGAAUUCAUACAGGGGAGAAACCGUAUAAGUGCUUGGAAUGUGGAAAGAGCUUCAGGCAGAAAGCUAAGCUUACAGAUCAUCAAAGAAUUCAUACAGGAGAGAAACCAUAUCAGUGCUUGGAAUGUGGGAAGAGCUUCAGGCGGAAAGCUAAGCUCACAGAUCAUCAAAGAAUUCAUACAGGAGAGAAACCAUAUCAGUGCUUGGAAUGUGGGAAGAGCUUCAGGCAGAAAGCUAAUCUCACAGCUCAUCAAAGCAUUCAUAUAGGGGAGAAACCAUAUCGGUGCUUGGAGUGUGGGAAGAGCUUCAGUCAAAAGAAUAGUCUCACUUUCCAUCAAAGAAUUCAUACAGGGGAGAAACCACAUAAGUGCUUGGAAUGUGGAAAGAGCUUCAGUCACAGGGCUGUGCUCAAGGCCCAUCAAAGAAUUCAUACAGGAGAGAAACCCUAUCAGUGCUUGGAAUGUGGGAAGAGCUUCAGGCGGAAAGCUAAGCUCACAGAUCAUCAAAGAAUUCAUACAGGGGAGAAACCAUAUCAGUGCUUGGAGUGUGGGAAGAGCUUCAGGCAGAAAGCUAAGCUCACAGCUCAUCAAAGUAUUCAUACAGGGGAGAAACCAUAUCAGUGCUUGGAAUGUGGGAAGAGCUUUAGUCGCAAGGAUAAACUCACUUCCCAUCAAAGAAUUCAUAUAGAGGAGAAACCAUAUCAGUGUUUAGAAUGUGGCAAGAGCUUCAAUCGGAAGGACCGUCUCAUAUCCCAUCAAAGAAUUCAUACAGGGGAGAGACCAUAUCAGUGCUUGGAGUGUGGGAAGAAUUAUAGUCGGAAGGAUAACCUUACUUCACAUGAGAGAAUUCACCGAGUGGAGAAACCAUAUCAGUGCUUAGAAUGUGGAAAGAACUUCAGUCAGAAGGGACAACUUACUUCCCAUCAAACAAAUCACCGUUAGGAGAGACCAUAUCAGUGCUUGGAAUGUGGAAAGAGCUUCAAAUGGAAGAAAAGUCUCACUUACCAUCAAGGAACUCACAGCAGGAAGAAUCAUGUUAUUUGAAGAUGGGUCUCAUAUGUCCUCUCAAUCUCCUCUUUUCCGGGCUAAGCCUUCCCAGCUCCUUCUAUCGUUCCUUAAAAGGCUUGGUUUCCAAAUGCUUGAUUAUAUUGGUCACCAUUCUCUGCACAGAUUCCAACUUCUCAAUAUCCUCCUUUGAUUGUGACAUCCAGAAUUGAGCACAGGACUCCAGGUGUGGUCUGACCAAGGCAGAAGGGAACAUAGUAUUACUUCCCAUGACCUGGACAUUAGACAUCUGUUGAGAUACCCUGAAAUAGCAUUAGCUUAUUUUUCUACUGACUCACCUUGUUGACUCAUGUUAAGCUUUUGGUGUCCUAAGACCCUUAGAUCCUUUUACAUGUGGUGUUUCCCAUAGAAUCAUAGAAUUGUAGAGGUCUAAUGGUCUUAGUGGACCACAAGCUGAGCAUGAGUCAACCGUCUGAUGGCAUCCAGCAUGGAAGGAGUGCCUCCGUUUUUCAGCAUUUUUAGUAGUCUAUAGCAGUCUCUGCUCUUUUUGCCUUCCCUGGGAGGAAGGCUGAGUGGAUGUCUGAAACUCAAUGUCAAACUGAAACUCAAUCCAGAUAAGACUGAGGCAGUUAGUGGGUGGUGCCCUAGACCAGAUGGGUGGGAGAUGGCCUGCUCUUAAAAAAAAUUAAAUUGGUUUUACAUAAAGUUAUACACGAUACCUGUAACCUUUCCAAAACAUAAACAGUAACAAGGUUCUUUCAGACCUUCCACCCCAUGGGUUCCAGUUCCAAAGAUGUUACCUUUUCCCUUUUCCCUGCAUCUUUUACCAUUAUCCAUCUCUUAUGUAACUAUAGUAACCAAAGUUCAGUUCACAUUACAAGUGUCAUUGCAUCCCUGCCCGUGAUUUUAACUGUCUACAGUAUCUGUCAAGUAUACUGUCAAGUAUACAAUAAAAUUAUUCCAGUCUUUUAAAAAUA